GCCUGCUCGCGGCUGGGUGUCCCGGAGGCGGCUGCUGGGAGCCACGGGAGCAGCUGCGGUGCUCUGCCAUAUUGUGUCUGGCCCGGCCCGGCCCUCGCCUCCGGUUCGCGGCGGCCGAGUGACGAAAUAUACGAGUAAAUGGGUCCAGUAAUUGGAAUGACUCCAGAUAAGAGAGCUGAGACCCCGGGAGCUGAGACGGUUGCAGGACUGAGUCAAAUUUACAAAAUGGGAAGUUUGCCUGAAGCUGGGGAUGCUGCCAGGCCAAAGGCCACUCUAGUGGGCAGCGAGUCAGCAGAUGACGAGCUAACAAACUUGAACUGGCUUCAUGAAAGCAGUAAUCUUCUAACCAACCUCAGGCUUGGAAGCGAAGGCCUUCCCAUGGUUAGUCCGUUGUAUGAAAUAGAGGGAGAUGAUAUGCCAUCCUUUGGACCAUCGUGCUACCAGAACCCAGAAAAAAAAUCAGCAACUUCAAAGCCCCCAUACUCUUUUAGUCUUCUCAUUUAUAUGGCUAUUGAACACUCGCCAAAUAAAUGUUUGCCUGUCAAAGAAAUUUAUAGCUGGAUUCUGGAUCGCUUCCCAUACUUUGCCACCGCACCUACAGGCUGGAAGAAUUCUGUUCGGCACAAUCUAUCCCUGAAUAAAUGUUUUCAGAAGGUGGGAAGAAGUCAUGGCAAGGUUAAUGGAAAAGGCUCCUUGUGGUGUGUUGAUCCAGAAUAUAAGCCCAAUCUUAUGCAGGCCUUAAAGAAGCAACCUUUUUCUUCUCCACAAAGUGCUUCUUUAUCACCUCACUCCUUAAGCUCUGUUCUCAAGCAAAGCCAAGUGGAAACUCUUAAAGAAUCUGAUAUUGAUGCAGCCACUGCAAUGAUACUUUUAAAUACUUCAAUAGAACAAGAGAUUUUAGAAUGCGAGAAGCCUCUGCCUCUUAAAACAUCACUGCAGAAGAAGAGAAGUUACGGCAGCGCGUUCAGUGCCCCCAGUGCUCUGCAACUGCAGGAGAGCCAUUCUCCAACCUCCAGCAUCGAUCCAAAGGCAGACCAUAACUACAGUGCCAACAGCGUGGCAGCACAGCGUUGCGCAUCCAGGGCUAGCAUGUCUUCCCUGUCCUCUGUGGAUGAGGUGUAUGAAUUCGUCCCAAAGAGUAGCCAUGGCGGGAGUGGUGGGAGUGACGGCAGCGAAGGCUUCCACAGUGAAGAGGAGACAGAUGCCGAGGAUGAGGAAGAUCCUCUUGGAGACAGUGGCUAUGCACCACAAGCUCAUGGAGACAGUACUCUGAAAGGGCAGCCAGGCAAAAAGAUCCCAAAACAGUCAUGUCAAGAGAUUGAUGAGGAGCUCAAAGAAGCAGCUGGGUCGCUGCUCCACCUUGCUGGAAUCCGCACCUGCCUUGGUUCCCUAAUAAGUACUGCAAAGGCACAAAGUCAAAAACACCGGAAAAAGUAGAAAGACUUAUAGUGCGAAGUUAUUUUAAAGUGUGGCAAUACUCUUCUUAACUUUCACAAGGGAUACCAGAGC